AUGGAUUCUUUAUUUCACGUCCUGGUUUCUACCUGUCUUGCCUUGACGUUCUCAGAAGGGUUUCUGAUUAUCCAUGUCCAGAAACAGCAGUGUCUUUCAGAAAAGAGAGGAGUCCUUAUGGAAAAGUGCAGUAUGACCAACCUCAACCAGCAGUGGCAGUGGACGGCAGAUGACAAGCUCCUCCAUGUGAAAUCUGCCCGGUGCCUGAGCAUCUCUACACGCUCUGCCCUGUCGUCUCGCAGCAUCGUCAUCGAUUGUCCCCAGGCAGUCAGGUGGACUUGCCAUGAGGAGGACGGGCUCCUGAAGGUGGCCAACAGCUCUCUCUUUCUCACAAAGCAAGGUCAGAAGGUAAUGGCCAAGAAGAGUAAGAAAUACCUUCAUACAUGGAUGCAGCUAGAAGCCAGCGAGACAGGAAAACCUGUUUAUGUAAAUCUGUGCUCAAAGCAAGAUCUCCAAGAUGCAGGCACUUCUGUAUGGAGCACUAGAACUACAUCCCCCCCUUUAAACGCCGUUACCUCUAGGCCUGAAAAUCUGCUGAAGAGUAGCACAGAGAUGUUCAUCAGAAACGUGACUGAACACUUCAGUAAAAACCUCAUUGAAAACCUCUACUUUGGCUUGAAAUCUGCAGUAACAGAGAAAGCCUGGAUUACAACAACUACUCUUCAAUACUCUAGCACGACGGAAGAGGUUCAUGCCCAGAAAAAUCCUGCAGCAGCAGCUCCCCUAAAAGGCAGGCUAACGUUUGUAAACCCUAGCACCUUUUUCUCCCUAAAAUGGGGCAAAAGCGAAACGGAGAUGGUGUUGAAUUUGCUUGAGCCCGCCCCCGCGGGCAACGGCUCCUGCGGCUGCAGCCUGCGGGGCCUGGAGGCCGGGACCUGGUACCACCUCCGCAUCGAGCCGCUCGCCGGCGGGGAGGCUGUCAACAUCUCCGUGCAGACAGAUCCAUUACCACCACCUCGUUUUGAAAUUAAUAAGGAAAAAACUACACUCACAAGCUUGCAGGUUCAGUGGGAUCCUUCCUCAGGAAAGGUGGACUUGUAUAACCUAGUAUUAUUUGAUCACGAUAAUAAAAAGAUACAAGAAGUCUCCGUACCAGGAAGAAUUUCAAAAACAGAAAAUACUUUUUCUAGUCUCAUCCCUGGGAAUAAAUACAACAUUGUCCUCAGUGCAGUUGCUGGAAAUAAGAGUACCCCGAAACUUUACAUAAGCGGAUCUACUGUGCCAUCCCCUGUGAAAAAUAUUCAGGUCAGUGUCAAGACAGACACUAUCCAUGCUUCAUGGUCUCCUGGCUCUGGACACGUGGAUCGUUACAGACUGGUGUUACUGGAUAAUCAUGUCCCAGUUCAUGAGAUUCACGAAGAAGAUCCUCUGACCUCCUACACUUUUUCAGGACUUACAGCGGGCCACCUGUAUAACCUCUCUAUCAUAACCCAGGCUGCAGGAUUGGAGAGCAGCAGUUUUCAAAUCGUCAGGACAGCCCCAGCUGAAGUCUUAGAUUUGACGGUGACUAAUGAUGACAGCGUAGAUGCUUUAAAAGUUAAGUGGAGAAGACCUGCAGGAAACCUCAAUUUCUAUAAUAUCACUCUGUCUCAUCUUGGAUCAGUUAAAGAAGUCAAAACCGUACAGCCACCGGUCACAGAGACUCACUUUGACAAGCUAACUCCAGGACGUCUUUAUCAGGUUACUGCCCGCACAAUCAGUGGUGAACUGUUUACUGAUCGGGUGGCAACUGGCAGGACAUUUCCCCAGAAAGUUUCUGCGCUGAGAGCCAGUGGUGGUGGCUGGCUGAGGUCUCUGCGAGUGAAGUGGCUGCCCCCUGCGGGAGACUGGGAGAGGUACCGCCUGCUCCUGUGGAACCGCUCGGCCCUGGUGCUCAACACCACCCUGGAGAAGGACACCACGGAGUACGUCAUCCACGACGUGGGCCUCAUCCCGGGGAGGCAGUACGACGUGGACGUCAUUGUGGAGAGUGGCGAUUUGCAGAGCAAGACUAGCUGCACGGGGAGAACAGCUCCAGAGUCUGUUCUCCAGCUUCGUGUGAAGCAUGCUAAUGAAUCUUCACUUAGUGUUAUGUGGAUGACCCCUGUUGCGGAAUGGGACAGCUAUGUGGUUUCACUGGGAGACGGGUAUCUUACUGUCAUAAAAAAGGGGCUUGCAAAAGAAGCUAAGGAAUACACUUUCACUGACUUGGUACCUGGAAGAAAGUAUACAGUUACCAUCAUUACCAUUAGUGGGAUUUUAAGCAACUGGACUUCAGUGGACGGAAGAACAGUGCCAGCCCAAGUGACUGGUCUGACCGUGGCAAGUCAGGGAUCAACCAACAGCUUGUUCACCAACUGGACAAGGGCGCUGGGAGAUGUGGACUCAUACCAAGUGCUACUGAUUCACGAGAAUGUUGUCAUUAAAAAUGAGACUGUUCCCAGUGAAACCAACAGAUACCACUUCUAUCCCCUGAAACCUGGAGGACUCUAUUCAGUUGUUGUCACCACUGUCAGUGGGGGGAUAUCUUCAAGGCAAACAAUCGCAGAGGGGAGGACAGUUCCUUCCAGCGUGACUGGAGUAACAGUAAAUAACUCAGGUCGCAGUGACUACCUCAGUGUUUCUUGGCUGCCAGCUUCUGGAGAUGUAGACAAUUAUUUGGUAACACUCUCUCACGAUGACCAGAUUGUUCAGACUCUCACCAUUUCCAAAUCCCUCAGUGAAUGCUCCUUCAGCAGCCUUACUCCUGGGACGCUUUACAAUGUGAUGAUAACCACAAAGAGUGGGAAGUAUGAAAAUUAUUCUUUCAGCCAGGAACGAACAGUCCCUUCAAGUGUUCAGGGACUUACUGUCAGCAAUUCAGCCAGAAGUGACUACUUGAAGGUGUCCUGGUUACAUGCCUCUGGAUAUUUUGAUAAUUAUGAAGUGAUCAUCAAGAACAACAAUGAUUUCAUCCAAACAAAAAGUGUCCCAAAGGAUGAAAAUGAAUGUGUGUUCACUAAUCUGGUCCCAGGGAGGCAGUACAGUGUCACAGUCAGCACAAGGAGUGGGAAAUACGAAACAAGUGAAAGGGUCUAUGGCAGAACAAUGCCAGAGUCAGUGAAGGAACUGACUCUUAGUAACAGAAGCACAGAAGAUCUGCAGGUAACUUGGUCAAAGGCUGAAGGGGAUGUUGAUAAAUAUGAGAUUCAGCUCCUCUUCAAUGAUAUGAAGAUCUUCCCACCCAUUUUCCUUGGGAACACUGUUGAGGAGUAUUGGUUCACAGCUCUGACUCCAGGACGUCUGUACAAAAUUCUUGUCUUGACAAUCAGUGGAGAUGCACAACGUGCUACUUUCAUAGAAGGCCUGACAAUUCCAAGUGCAGUCAGAAACAUUCAUGUGUCACCUAACGGCAUGACGAACAGCCUGAAAGUGAGCUGGACUCCUGGAGGUGGAGAUGUUGAUUCCUACACAGUGACUAUAUUUCAGCAAAACCAUCAGCUUGAUUCCCAGAGUGUCUCCAAACACGUCUCUGAGCACAUGUUUCACAAGUUGGAAGCUGGGGAGCAGUACCGGGUGGUGGUGCAAUCUAACAGUGGCACCUUGCACAACAGCUUAGCAGCUUUUGGGAGAACAAUUCCAGCCUCUGUCCAGGAAUUAUUAGCCCAUCAUGCUUACAGCAGUCAUUCCUUGUUAGUAACCUGGCAGAAAGCUCCUGGUGUAGCUGAAAGAUAUGACAUUCUGCUCUUGAAUGAGCAAGGAAUCCUCCUGAGCAACAAAUCAGAGCCAGCUACUGCCAAACAGCACAAAUUUGAAGAUUUAUUAGCCGGCAAGAAGUAUAAAAUACAAGUUUUGACAGUCAGUGGCGGGCUCUUCAGUAAGCGAGCAGAAACUGUUGGUCGAACAGUUCCAGCAGCUGUCACAAAUCUGAAGGUCACAGAGAACACCACUGACCGACUGUCCUUCAGCUGGACCACCUCACAAGGGGAGCUUGAUUCAUAUGACAUCUUCCUAUACAACCCAGACAAGUCCCUUCAUGACAGGAUUUCAGGAGAGCAGCACCUCCAGAAAUGUUCAUUCCAGAACCUGCGGCAAGGCAGGAUGUAUCGAAUGGUGAUUGUUACCCACAGCGGAGACCUCACUAAUGAGUCGUCUGUCUUUGGAAGAACAGUACCAGCCCCAGUUGUUGGUCUCGAGGCAUCCAACCGAAACAUGACAGACAGUCUGUGGUUCACCUGGGGUCCAGCAGCAGGAGAUGUUGACUUCUAUGAGCUGACUCUUUACAACCCAAAUGGGACACAGAAAGAAACAUGGCACAGGAAAGACCUGAAAGAAUGGCAUUUCCAGGGGCUCAUUCCUGGCAGAAAGUACACUCUGCUUGUGGUGACUCACAGUGGUGACCUGACCAACACAGCAAAUGCUGAAGGAAGAACAGCACCCAGCCCUCCUAACACUGUAUCCUUUACUGAUGUUGCAAACACUUCUUUAUCAAUCACUUGGCUGGGUCCUCCAGACUGGACAGACUAUGACGAUUUUGAGUUGCAGUGGCUUCCAAAAGAUCCCCUCACAGUAUUCAAUCCCUACAGCAGCAGUAAAUCAAAAGUACGCAUCAUUUAUGGCCUGCGACCAGGAAGACUCUAUGAGUUCAGUGUCAGAACGGUCAGUGGUGACAGCUGGAAGACAUACAGUCAGUCACAGUCUGCAAGUGUGAGAACAAAACCAGACAAGAUACAAAGUCUUCAUUGUCGGCCCCAGACCUCUACUGCCAUCGCGUGUUCCUGGACUCCUCCUGAUUCUGACUUUGAUGGGUAUAGUGUCGAAUGCAAAAAACUGGACACUCGUGAAGUGGAAUUUUCUAAAAGGAUAGAAAAAGACAAAUCCCUGCUUAAUAUCAUGACCCUCGUUCCCCACAAGCGAUACCUGGUGUCCAUCAAGGUGCAUUCUGCAGACAUGACGAGUGAAGUAGUUGAAGACAGCACCAUCACAAUGAUCGACCGUCCCCCUCAGCCACCUCCAGACAUACGAGUGAACAAAAAAGAGGUGCUGAUUACCAAAUCCUCCAUCAACUUUACUUUUAACUGCAGCUGGUUUAGUGAUACUAAUGGAGCUGUGAAGUACUUUACUGUGGUUGUGAGAGAGGCUGAUGGUAGUGAAGGACCAAAGCCAGAUGAGCAGCACCCAUUACCUUCCUACCUGGAGUACAAACACAACGACUCUAUACGCAUCUACCAGACCAAUUAUUUUGCCAGUAGAUGUGCUGAAAACCCUGACAGCGACUAUAAAAGCUUUGACAUUAAACUUGGAGGAGAAAUGGAAAAUCUGGGAGGAAGGUGUGAUCCAGAUCAGCACAAAUUCUGCGAUGGACCUCUAAAGCCUCGGACUGCUUAUAGGAUCAGCAUACGGGCUUUUACCCAGCUCUUCAGUGAAGACCCAACACCUUCUUCUUUACCGAUCACUACAGAGGCAGAGCCUCUAUUUGGAGUUAUUGAAGGUGUGAGUGCUGGCUUGUUUCUGAUUGUGAUGUUAGUGGCUGUUACUGCUUUAUUUGUCUGCAGACAAAAAGUUAGCAAUGGCCACGAAAGACCUAUAGCAAGGCUGAGCAUUCGCAGGGACAGGCCACUGUCAGUCCAUCUGAACUUGGGGCAAAAAGGGAACCGGAAAACUUCCAGUCCGAUCAAAGUCAGUCAUUUUGAAGCACACUUCACCAAACUUCAAGCAGACUCCAACUACCUCCUGUCCAAGGAGUAUGAGGACUUAAAAGAUGUGGGUCGAAACCAGACAUGUGACAUAGCACUUCUGCCAGAGAACAGAGGGAAAAAUCGAUACAAUAAUAUAUUGCCCUAUGAUACAUCAAGAGUGAAGCUUUCCAAUGUGGAUGAUGACCCUUGCUCAGACUACAUUAAUGCAAGCUACAUACCAGGCAAUAAUUUCCGCAGGGAAUACAUAGCGACUCAGGGCCCUUUGCCUGGUACCAAAGAUGAGUUCUGGAAGAUGGCGUGGGAACAAAAUGUUCACAAUAUUGUCAUGGUAACCCAGUGUGUUGAGAAGGGCCGGGUGAAGUGUGAUCACUACUGGCCUCUUGACCGGGAUUCCUUGUACUAUGGAGACCUGAUUGUUGAGAUGCUGUCUGAAUCAGUGCUCCCAGAAUGGACAAUACGAGAGUUUAAAAUCUGCAGUGAAGAGCAGCUUGACUCAACGAGGCUCAUUCGUCACUUCCACUACACUGUCUGGCCGGAUCAUGGUGUGCCAGAGACCACCCAGUCCCUGAUACAGUUUGUCAGAACUGUAAGGGAUUAUAUCAACAGGACCCCAGACACAGGACCAGCUAUCGUGCACUGCAGUGCUGGUGUUGGCAGGACUGGCACAUUCAUUGCACUGGACCGAAUUCUGCAGCAGCUGGAUUCAAAGGACACUGUCGACAUCUAUGCAGCAGUACAUGACCUAAGGCUUCACCGGGUUCACAUGGUUCAGACAGAGUGUCAAUAUGUGUAUCUACAUCAGUGUGUGAGAGAUGUGUUAAGAGCCAGAAAACUUCGCAGUGAACAAGAAAAUCCCUUGUUUCCGAUAUAUGAAAAUGUGAAUCCAGAGUAUCACAGAGAUGCUGUUUAUUCAAGGCACUAAGAAUGUAACAGACAACUGCUUUUGUGACCACAUUUGUUAACUAGGAGU